AUGGUUUCCGAAGAAACGCGGAUAUCGCUGCGAGCACAGGUGCAGCAGCAAACGGUCCUGCUUCUGCAGGCGCGCCUCGCAGGCCGCUUGGGUCCUGGGGACGGAAGAGCCGAGCGCCUGCAUGCAAAUCCACCCUGCGAGCAGUCCACAGGUGUGCGCAUGCCCCUAGGGGGGGUGAAGCUGAUGGAGCCUCAGACGCGACCGGAGACCCCCGCUCGGCGCGAAGACGCUUCGGAAUUGCCCAAUCCGCUGAGCGCCGAGGCCGCCAGUCUCAAGGGACGAACAGUUGAGAACACAGUGCCGGACGAACGCAGAGAGAAGUCAGAAACGCGAACCAGCGAAGAAACAAGAAUCGCGGAGCACGCAGCCGAGGAAAGCCACGCUGCAGCUCGGGAGGGGCGCAGGGCCGAGCGGCAGAGAGAGCGCGAGCGGCUCUUGGCCGCGAAGCCAGACGCGAGUUACGAGGACCCAACGGAUCGACGAAGAAUUGCGGAAGCCAGCGCCACCUUGGGAGUCCAGAGAUUUAAAACUGACGACACAUUCGCUGUUGAAAGCAUUUUACGGGAACUGCAUGCGGCCGAGGCAGAGAAGGCAAAGCUGGGCAGGCGCAGAGAAGGCGGAGGCGAGACUGACGAGUGCAGCCCAGAAACUGCGGAGAAAGAGCCGGAAGAGACUGAGAGUCGAUCACGCAUCCUCAGAGUUGGAGAGUAUGUUCUCGCGACUGUUGAGACGCUCUUGGGGGCGACCAGCGGCGGCGGAGAUGAACAGUCGAGGAAGGCUGAGUUGGCUGAGAAACGCCAGAGCGAGAAGGCGGAAGAGCCCAAAGACGACGAUCUGAGCCUGGCAUUCCCAGAGUGCACGAUGACGCGCCUGACCAAAGAGGACCUUCUGCGGGCAGGAAGGAGGGAGCACCGUGCGAGGCCGCUCACUCAAACGGAGGCCGAAGAGCUGCGUUUGCUGUUGGGCGAAGCGCAGAGAAGGUCAGAAUCACACCGAGAAGAGGCGAGCUCGAAGCGCGGAAGAAGCGCGGCCUUCGCACGCGGCAUGAGGAAUGAUCUGACGAAGGAGGAACUCACGGCGGCUUGCUUGCGAUUCCAGAGCGCGGCGAGACGCUCCCAACCAACAGAGACUCGGAGCGACGCACUGGCGCUUCAGAUUCGGCACCUGCUGGAGAGAAUGUGCACAGAAUUGGUGGAGUUCGACGAGAAGCUUUCUCGUUUGCACGCAGAACGAGGCGGCCUCUUGGAGCUCUCGAAGCUCGCAGAUUUGCAGCACCUUGUGUUCCUCGACGAACUCGCUCUGUUGGAUCUGAUGGAAGAAGAAGACAAUCGUCUUCAGGAGAAACUUCGAGACGAAAACCGCGACCUGGAGGCAGUGCGGCGGCGACUCGCCUGGAUAGACGAAGAAGUCCUCGAAAAGCAGGGAGCCCUCGCCGAAUGCUCUGCGACAGACGAAGUGAUAAAACAGCAACUCGCGGACCUGCUCGGUCCCAAGAAUUCCUUCACCCCCCAACUCCUGCAGCUCUUCAACCGAAAGGUCAAGAAGGCGAGACGUCCGGUGGCAGCCAGCGUUGAGGAGGACGAAGAGGAAGACGAAGACUUUCGACAACUCGAUGACGAAGACGAAGACGACGAUGACGACGAUCUCGAGGAAGACGCAGCCCCUCCCGGAUGCGACAUGCAACUCUACGAAAAUGUGCUUGAGCUGAGGGAUAUAAAACUCGAGACUGAGAUGAAGGCGACGGCGCUGAAGAAGGAGUUUGAAGAGCUGAAGAAGGAGCAGGUGAAACAGACGGGGCUGGAGAAAGUGCAUGCAGAGCGGGUGCAACAAACGCAGAAAGAUAUCCAAAAAUACCAGAGAGAAAAACAACAGCGAGCGAAUCAAAUUCGACAGAUCGUCCCCGUGACUGCCUCUCAGAUCCAGUGUCUGUACACCGAAGACUUGCCUGAGCAGGAAGACAUGACUCCACCUGCUAUCCGGCUUCCGGCUGACUUGAAAAACGAAGUUGUUUUCACUCGGUCUGCAUUCGCCAGGCUCCGCCAAAGGAUCAAAGACCUACGCGUUGAAACAGAAGCUGCGCGCGCGGAGUAUCGUGACCUCACUCGCAGCUUUGCGGUCUCUCAGCGAGAAAAGAAGCAGACCAUGAAAGUGAUUGAACAGCUAAAGCAGAAAUUCGAAAAUGUGCAACUUCUUCGAUUCGGCGCGGGCGUUUCCCUGGAACAACUGGAGAGGGCCGCCGCCGCAGUAGCAGCAGAGAAGGAACAAAAACUGAACAGAGAAAGUAUGGAAGACAAAGGCCCCGCCACUCUUGAGGCACAGGUUAUCGCUGAGAAGCGAAAAACAAUCGAAGAACUCUCUUCAACGCGAGCAGCUCUUCUUCAACAGAAUACAAAACUGCUGAAAACUGUGGCUAGCCUGAAAGCAUCCGACAUCCUUCUCCGCCAAUCUCUCGACAAUGGGGGCGGCACAACAGCCACCGCCCUGAAUAAAGACGGCCUCACCGACGUGCACAGAGCCCGAAAAGCGGCGAAGCUGAAGGAGGUUCUGAAGCUGCAGGUUAAGGAAAUUGAAACAUUGAAAAAGGAAAUCGGUCUCUUCAAACUGAAAGGAGCCCACAUCGAUCCUACGGUGCUGUAUGGACAGAGGCAGCCGUAUUUCAAUCGCGUUCGCUGUGAAGGAGGGGAAGACAACGACGAGGCUAAAUCCAAGUAG